AUGGCGUCGAGGGGAGCGAUAUACUUGCUCCUUACGAUCUCAAUGUUGGCGGAUUCGCAGUGCAGCACCAAAUACUUUGUGCGGACGAACGUAUCCGAGAUGUUCAAAACGAAGGCCGAUAACCUGAGGAUUCUUCAGGAUCCAAUAGCGAUCACGCCGAACCCGUUGUACAAUAACAUGAGGAACGAACAUCAGGACGAAGAGGACGAGAGGAUGAUCAAGGAGAUUUCGAGCGACCAAUAUCACCGGAGGAAUUCCUUCGUCGAGACCUCAACUUUCAAUCCGGAUGUGCUCAACAAGUUCCUCGAGGAGUACGCGAACAAAAUCAAGAGCACCACCGAGAAGGAUUUUAAAUAUCCUUACAAAAUCCCGACCACGGAGACGCUCGUACUCGAGAUCGACGAUGAAACGACCACCGAAGCUACCACCAAUCAUGAGCAAGAUGAGAAACUCGAUCAGAAUGCGAACGCUACUUCGGCGGAGGACGCGCUGGCCGAGGCAUUGAACGAUACGCUAAAGAGAAACAAGUACUACGGUACAAACACUUACGAGGACAGGAACGGUUGGGUGACGUUGGAGGCAAUCCCCUGGUCUAAAAGCAAAAUUUCCAAGUGGCAGGCCAAUCCAGGCAGUACACAGCGACCUUGGCCGGAGAUAAAGCCGUUGUGGGAUAAACCGAAACCAUGGGCCAGCGACUAUUCCAUCAGACCCACUUAUGAAAACAACAAACCGUGGUACGACAAGCCAAAGCCCAACUGGUCGGACAACAAUGAAAAACCAUGGCAAAAGCCGACCUCCCGUCCUCCUUACCAAUCGGACGCGUUAUCCGCGUCUACUCAAAAGUGGCCGCCGGAGAGACCGUGGAACAAAUAUGAUCCUCAUCGUCCCAACAGUCCCGACAUUAUUACCGACGACAGACCGGCGAAUUUCCCCAGCACCUGGUCGAGACCGCAAACCUCCAAACCACCGUACCAGUUCGUCGACAGGUACCCGGAGAAGGUCCAGCCGGAGAACGGCAACGACUGGCACGAGUAUCCGUCCAGACCGUUCGACCAAGACCGACCUGCCGAUCUGCGACCUACUCUGAUCACCGAAAGACCUAACUUCUCGCACUAUCAGUAUGUAAACAAUCAUCCGGCGAGUCACCCGGCGAGCGGCGACGGCCAAUGGGUCCUUUUGUCGACGAACCGAGGAUACGCCAAGUCGAGGCAAAGGUCGAUCAAGAUCGACACGAUAAACCCAGAUUUAUUCAGAAAGAUUAACACGACGAGGGUCAAAGGGGACAGAGAGGAGCCGGAUCCCGCGAUACCCGUGAUGACUUCGAAGCGACAGGUUAGAUUGACGGUGUUGCCAUCGAUCAACGGCACAAAUACGACGACGUCUCACGGGGGUCUAUUGGAAGUCGAAAAGACGUUCAAGAGCGUCGAGCAGAGUCGCAAAGAAUACGAGAUGCAAAGACUGACAACCGAAGCGAACAUCCUGAAGAAGAGACCGAUCAGGAACACAUUGAGCGGCCAAUCGUCGAGCUCGGCCGUUCUAGCAGCCGUUGGAGCAGGCAUGUUGCCAGCGACAAUGGCGAUGAUGAUACCGAUGAUGUUGGGCCGUCGAAAGAGAGACCUCUCCGCGCAGACGGAACUAAGGCAGUCCAACAACUUCGAAGUGGACUUGCAUAAGCUUGCAAUAGAGUAUAACACCCAACAGAGGAGACCAGUGAGAUUGUAGGCGGAAUUAAGGGCGUUGACGAGCGAAGAUUGUACCAAACAGUUCGCCAAUAGAUUUCGGACGAUUUUUGCGGAACGGUGGUCAUCUGCAGCUCGU